CAUGCACAGUGGAAAAAUGAAGGUAAAUUCAUACAAAAUGUGGUUAUGUACUCCAAAUAAUAUCGCAUGGCCAAGCUAUGAUAUUAAGGAACUAGUUACUUCAACUAAAUUGAACUUCUACAUGUUUCCUUCAGCGUUUCUUAUCAAUUUUACUAUUUGCAAUUGGUCUACAUAAUGGGAAUAGUUGUAAUUUUUGCUCCAAGCGAAGACCUUUAUAAACGCAAUUAUUAAAAGUCUCUGAUUUAGUUUAUAAAGGCCUAAAGAAUUCUAAAAUUCUUGAUAUAACUGAUAUUUCCCAUUCCUAACUUCUCUUUCCUUUCAAUUUGAAAUGUUCUUUAAAAUCUCUCUUCAUUAUUAGAGCCUCCAUUUCAAAACUAUUAAUAGCUUAAAUAGUACCUGGUAGGAAAAUUAUAGUGGAGUUUAUCCCAUUAGAGCCAGGGCUUUAGUUAUCUAGCUAAACCUUGAAAUAAUCGAAUUAUUCCCAUUCCUCAUCACGAACCUUUGACUAAUUUUUCCUUAAAAACUCGGCUAAGUUUACUCCAUUCUUAGCUUCCAUAGUAUUUUAAGAAUUUUGAGUGUUUUUAUAUUUACUAUUUAUUACAUUUUGGUAAGCAGAGAUUUAUUUCCCGAUAAAUGAUCAAAAUUAACAAUGAAGAUGAUAGGCUAGGUAUAUCCUUUAAGUAAGGAAGACUUGAACAAAGCAAUAAAACUUCAAUUUUUAAGCUCGAGCAUAUAUAAAAGCCUCCAUUGGAGAGAAUGAAGUAUCCGGAAGAAGUGAAAUUAAUAAUUUUAUCGAAUAUUUUACAAAACUUGACUUCUCCAAGAACUGAUAGAGAAGGGAGGAGGACCUCAUACUUCUUGAUCUCUUAAAGAGAAUGACCUCCUAUACCUCUUACAUUGGAGGUGCACUCCCAAUCUUGAGGCUUAUUAGUCUGGUCUAGGGAGACUGCAAAGUCCAAGAUAUUGACAAUAUGUCUGAAGCAUUAGUCCCUUGAGUUAUUUCGAGCUCAAAAUAAAUAAUUUAGCUAUAUUUAGGAGUAGAUCCUGGGUUAUCAUCUGUAACAAAUUAUGAAUGGCAUAUUUAACUAACACGUUUCAAAAUAUUUACCUCUACAACAUCGAAGCAGAGAGAAGGGCAAAACUGAUAGUGAGGAUAUUUGAGGAUAGGAUUUGAUAU